AUGGCAUUUAGUGUGAGAAAAAGUAAAAAAUCAAGUCAAAGGCCAGCGUAUUUAUUAGAAGGUUUCGAUCGUGAUGCUCUCCAACUAGGCAAACCCAAUAUAUCAGAAGAAAAUUUUGUACUAGAUGAAGACGAGUCCCGUGAAAUGCUUAAACCGAGAGCUUUAGAAGAUGCAAAGGUGAAGGAAUUGAUCGAGUGUCUGACUGAUUGGAUACAUGAUGAAUUAUCAGAUAAACAUAUUAUUGUCAGAGAUAUAUUAGAUGAUAUAUACGAUGGACAAGUACUUGCUAUUCUUACAGAAAAGUUAGCCCGUACCAAACUAGAUGUACCUGAGAUUGCGCAAUCUGUGGCAAGUCAGAAAGAACGGUUAAGAGUCGUAUUGGAUUACGUGCAUAGGUGGUUACAUCCCGAAAGUGGAAAGAACUGGUCUGUCGAAAAAGUUUACUCGAAGAAUGCAAUAUCAAUUUUGCAAAUAUUGGUUGAAAUCUCCAAGCAAAGUCAAAAUCCUCCGAAAUUGCCUGCUAACGUGUCGAUGCCUGUCAUUUCUGUAAAGAUGCAGGAUGGUCGAUUAGCUGUAAAUAAUUUUAAAGAAAUGAUCACUGGAUUCCCUCAGUCUGAUACGAAUUCGGGUGUUCAAGGGAGGGAUGUCUUUGAUGUCUUAUUCGAACAGACAGAUGAGAAGCUUCAGGUAGUAAAACGGUCACUCACAGCAUUUGCAAAUAAACAUUUGUCAAAAGUCAACAUAGAGGUAUACGAUAUUGAGACUCAGUUCCAUAAUGGUGUUAAUUUUAUCAUAUUAACUGGUCUAUUGGAAGGAUACUUUGUGCCCUUUCAUAAAUAUUAUAAAACGCCUAGUAAUGAAAAGGAAAAGAUACAUAAUGUUUCCUUCGCUCUUGAUUUAAUGGAACAGAACGAAGAGCUUAAAAUCAGAGUUGUACCAGCAGAUGUGGUUUCUAAGGAUAUUAAAUCAACAUUAAGGGUACUAUAUCACUUAUUUUCAUUAUACAAAACAAUUGAUUGA